AUGACCUCGACCGUUCGCACUUUUCUGGCCUUCCAGCACAAUGCCAAGCUCCACAAUCUUCAAACCAUCGUGAGGGCAAUCCACCCUUUCCCGGCCUUGGAAGAAUCGAACCGGCAGCUCUUCAAACAAGGCACCGAUGCAGAUCACGUUGUCGUCACAGAUCAGACCAUUUUCCAUCCCCAGGGCGGCGGCCAGCCGUCGGAUGAGGGCACCAUGACCAGCGCCUCGGGGGCUGCGUUCACGGUCGCAGCCGUCCGCAUGGACGCAGUGCGGGAGGGACAAGUCCUCCACUUUGGUCGGUUCACCACAGCAUCCACCGUCUUCUCCGAGGGCGACACGGUCGAACAGGCGAUCGACACUGAUAAGCGUCUGUUGUACUCGCGCCUGCACACGGCGGGCCAUGUCCUCGGCGCCGCGGUCCGGCACCUUUUGGAAAAGGAGGUGGAGGACUUCGAGGAACUCAAGGCCUCGCAUUUCCCUGACUCGGCGGCGUGCGAGUUCCAGGGCGUCAUCGAGGGGAAAUGGAAGGACCCGAUCCAGCAGAAAGUGAAUGAGUUUGUAGCGGCCAAGCUGCCUGUCGAGGUGGAAUGGUGGGAUGAGGAGGAUUUUCGAAAACGAGGACUGGAGCGAUUGCUGCCCGAUCGCAGUCUCGUCGCUCCCGGCGAGAAGUUCCGCGUUGUCAACGUCGUAGGAGCCGAAGUGUAUCCCUGUGGAGGGACUCAUGUCGAUACGACUGACUUAUGUGGGCCGACUACAGUGAGGAAGAUUACGAGGAAGGCUGGCAAGUCUAAGGUCAGCUAUACAGUAAGCGCGGGUUCUCAUUGA